AAUGAAUGAAUGAAUGAAUGAAUGAAUGAAUGAAUGAAUGAAUGAAUGAAUGAAUAGAUUCAUGGGCCUUUUUGUAACCGAGUCGUGUUCCUUUUUGUAACUUUGUUCCUUUUUGUAACCAAGGUUUGGUUACGAAAGGGAACAGUGCUCCUUUUUGUAACAUAGGCCAAGUUACAAAAAGGAGCAUAUGUUCCUUUUUGUAACCAUGUGCUCCCUUUUGUAACAUUUGUGAUCCUUUUUGUAACCUAAGCCAAGUUACAAAAAGGAGCACAUGUUCCCUUUCGUAACUUUGGGUGUUCCUUUUGGUAACCUUAGAAAAUAGGGCUAAAUUCAGAAACUGAAUUCUACAGUAAAUAUCCAAACCCUAUUUAAACGACAAAUAAAACAUUUUAUUCUUAUCUCCUACAUUGUAUAAGUACAUAUUAGUGUAACAAUAAGUUGUAGAAUAAGAUUGAUAAUGUCGGUGCUCCAUCAUUGAUAUCAUCAAUAAUACGCAUGCGUAGUAACGCUCUUCAUCAAUAAUACGCAGCCAGUGACAUCCUUGCUUCUAUUUAAUUCGCUGAAUUUGUUUUUAUUUAAUGAUAUACACCGAUACACAUUUUUGUCGAUUCAUGAGCGUUUUAAACACUAAAAUAUUAAGGUUUACAUCCCACAUUGAGGGGAGCAUGUAAUUAAACAAGCAAGAUAACGUCUUCCUCUCAUUUUGAAGUCCAGACGACGUUUAAAGGUAAGUACCGCGUUUGCUUUCUUUAUGGUGCCCCAACACCAUGCGGAUGAAAUGCUCUGGAUAUUUGUAUGGGAGCCCCCCAUAGCUCACUAGAAUAUCCAGUAACACAUGUGAGGGGCAAUAGGGUGAUUUAGGCCCUAAAAAGGGACGCGUGUUGCGCAGGUUAUGAUUACUAUGUUCUGUUUCUAUCAUAAGAUGGCUAGCUGUGACCCAGUCAAAAUGGAGAAAUCAUAUAAAAGACAGAAACAUCGCUGUCCAGUGCCUGCCUGUCAGAAAGAAGUGAUUCACCUCCCUCGCCAUUUGAUAACAGUGCACAAAUGGAGCCGCGAAAAGGCAUUAGAGGCACUGUCUGUGUUCGACCUUAGGGCAAAAAGAACGAAGUCAGAGGCUGUCCCAGAGCAAAGAGCCAAGCGGACUUACAAACGUCGGGUUUGUUCGUUCCCAGGGUGCAACCUGAUCGUGCGAAGGUUGCACAACCACCUGAAUGCAAAACAUAAGUUAAGUCGACACGACGAGAGAUACAAACAGCUAUUGAAAGAAUCGCGAUGGGAAGAGAUAGGCGAAGAUUUCCAGGAAGAGUGUGUAGUAGAGAUCUCCUCUGACACCGAGUCCGAGCCCGAGCAAGAGCCCGAUCCCCAAAGCCAGAGCCAAAGCAAGGGUAAGGGCCAAAGCCAAAGCAAGAGCAGUCAAUCCAGUACAAUGUCAUCUAAUGAAGAAGAAAUGUGCCUCCAGGAAAUCCAUAGAAAAUCCGAAAAAGCAAAAGCUAUAAUGAGAGGAGGUCAAGUAGAUCAACACAAAUACAGCUCAAGUGAUGACGAUAGUGAUGAAGUUAUCCCUUCGUCGCCGAUUGGAAAGAAGAGGAGCAUCUUUCUUAAGCGCGCGCUAGCCGAUAUUCACACCGACACUCCAAAGGUUAUCAAGAAGAGAACAACUGGGGGAUUGGCAGGAGAACAAUCUUCACCGACACUAUGGAAAGCAACUGCAGCAGGCAAUAGCAAGGAAAAGGAUGACUUAUCAACGUCGAGCCCAGCAGAGGAGAUAGAAGACAAAGACUACGAGCCAGAUGGCGAAGAUGAGGAUGAAAACGAAGAUAAUGAAGGUUGUAGUAAUGAUGAUGAGGAUAAUGAUAUCGAUGUUACCGAUGAAGAAGAUGAAUUGAUGAUGAAGGCAGAAACGCUGAUGAAAGAUGAUGAAGGCAGAAACGAUGACACAGAUAAGAUAUUGGACGCAUUUUUACAAUGGCUUCAAGGUAUCGAUGGAGGUAGAAGAGAGUUGCGUACCGCUAAGCAAUAUGUUGCACAGGUUCACGCAAUCAUCAAGGAUGUAGAUCCAGAUGAGCUGCGCAUCGACAGCAUCCUGAAUAAGAAGCAUCUUCGAGACAAAUGGUUACAGAAAUUGGAACGUAACAGGAAGCCAGGGACCUGCAAGGCAUAUUUAGGUUCAUUAUCAAGAUUUCUCCGUUUCCUUGUUGUGGAAAAGUUAGAAGACCUAAAGCUAACAGAAGAGCAUGUGACGAAGGUCAGAGUGCAAGUCCAAGAGUGGUCGGCUUCCUUUAAGAAGCCGUUCAAAGAAAGAAGAUGGGAGAAGCAUCAAGAAGACCUAGAGAAACUCAUAACCCCGGAGGACGUCCAGAAGUUUUCUAAGUCGGCUCCAGUAAGAGCGGCAAUCUCGACACUGGGAAGAUACAUGGAAAAGGAAGGGUCCCCGGGUCAGACAGACUUUUGUACUGUCAGAGACCAUCUCAUCACUCGCCUAUGCAUCGAGAAUGCAUGUAGAGCUGGCCCGCUCGCAAAUAUGACUUUGCGGGAUCUAGAUAGAGCCACGAAAGAUGGCGAUGAAAUGAUUGUCACCAUUUUGAAGCACAAGACAUCUGCCUCGGCAGGCCCAGCCCAUGUAGUGCUAAGUCCCACAGUCUUCACCUGGCUAAAGGCGUAUGUAAAAUACAUGAGAAACAAGGUCAGCAGAGCAGGAACAGAUCCCGAUGAGAAGGUUUUCAUCAGCUUCACAGCGAGUGAGAUGACAUCAUCCAUGAUAUCUGCUCAACUUAAUUCGUUUUGGCAAAAGGCUGUCGAGAAGAUUAGAGUAAAUGCAGCUUCAUUCCGUAAAGCAGCUGUUUCCGUGGUCCACGAAGAGCACCAACAUCUGAGGAAGGACCUAGCCGACCUCAUGGGACACAAUCAAAAGACCGCCGAAAAAUUCUCGUUAAGCAGAAGUCUAAGUCGGCUGCAAAAACCUCUCUGGCGCUCAGAAAUAUCAUGUAUGCGGAAGGGGCAUCACAUGUAGAAGCAAGUGAAGCCCUGCCUGUGAAGAAUGGGGAAGCAGAAAAGUCUGGUCGUCACCACUGGACAGAGAAAGAAGAGGAGGCUAUCCAAAUGGCAUUUAAGGAUGCCAUUGAAGAAUGCAAGCUUCGGUUAGAUGCCGUGAAGCAAGAAAUACCCAAGCAACCCCUUCUGGCGCAUAUCGACGCCUUGAAGGUUUACGAUAAAGUAAGGAGCUUGAUGAGGAAAGAAAAUACACAAGCGAGCCCUUGCCUCCCCACAGAGAAAAUGUCCCAACAAGAGAAGAUGGAAAGAAUGUUGGGUCGGGAAGAUGCUGAAGAAUCAUGCCUCAAGAGUAAGGGGUCUCAAGUAUUUACAGAUUUGCAGUCUAAUCCCUGUCUGCGACUGUUUCAUGAUCUCCUACACAACAAUAACAGGAUCGAGAGAAAAGCCUUGAUGGAACGAGUCAUGAGAGAUGACGAGGCCAAGAAAGAGUUGUCUGCGUUUACUCCACAACAACUUGCUGACAAGGUGCGUGCAGAGCGCAACAAAGCUAAGAAGUCAAAGUAGUAGAAACAAUCUAAUGACCACUCCAGGCAUUUUCAGCCGUUUUCAGCCAUUUUCGCGUUUGUAGUAAGUUCAGUUGUUAAAAAUGUUUGCGCAAGAGGAUUCGAAGGAUUCACUAAAAUUGUUGUUAAUGACUUGUUUGUUCAUACGGAACACAGAGACAUUAUUAUAUUUAAAUGUAUAUAAAGGGGCGUUAUUAUACUUAAAUGUAUACACAUAUACGUUAUUAUACUUAAAUUUAUACACAGAGACGUUAUUAUACUUAAAUGUAUACACAGAGAUGUUAUUAUACUUAAAUGUAUACAAAGAGGCGUUAUUAUACUUAAAUGCAUACACAGAGACGUUAUCAUACUUAAAUGUAUACACAGAGACGUUAUGAGCAGCAACCGCAAGCGACAUUAUUAAUAAAGCUGCCCUGUAAGGCUGUAAUAUGUUUCUAUGAGUACACCCAUCUCUGAGCACUUUCAAUCCAUGUGUAGUUUGAGGAAAGACGAAUAGCAGAUUAUGAUUCCUUUAAGGCCAGUUUGAGUUAUCCGCUUUCCUAGAGGCUGCUAAAAAUUGCAAAAGUCAAGGAAAUAGCGAAAACCUUAUUUUGAUACAGCACACGAAUGAUGCAUUUUACCCAGUCUCCAAGAAUCGUCAUAUCUCAGUCAUUUUAAUUCAAAGAGCUAUUAAACUCAGGAAAAGCAAAUACGAAUAGCAUCUGAUGAUUCUUGUUAGGCUUGCUUGUGUUAUACGUCUUUCAAGAGGCUGCAAAGAAGCUGCAAAUAUCGAAGCAAUAUAGCGGAGAAUUCAAAAUGUGCCUAUUAUCCUUGGAGAUUUGAC